CGAAUCUGCGCUCUAGGCCACAGGUGACUUUUACCAAUCGCCGCUCUUGGCAAUAGAUAGAUAUGGCGCGUGGCAGGGUCUCGCGCGCGGUGGCGCGACUGCUGCGGCCUUUUCAACGCAGCAACAGCAAAGCGGCAACCGACGACACAUCCUCGAAGCGGCAGCGCGGCUCCAUUUCGUCUACAACCAACACGUCGUCUACAUGCUCCACGUCCUCGUCGUCCUCACGCAGCAGCGGCGGCUUCCGCGGGGCUACUAACACGCGCGUCUUCCCGCUCAAGACCGAUAGUGACGGGAUUCCGCACACGGUUCUCAUGCCUCCCGCCUUCUUCCGGCAACUGCGAGCGCUUGUGGAGCAGACGAAUGCGCUAACCACUGGCGAAUACCGCGCGAGUCACAAAGGACCAGAGCCGUCGCUCAACAGCUCUAGAACCACCCUCCGCUGGAGAGGAGACUUCAGCACCAAGACGCUUGAUAAGCUCGUCAUUAUCCUCACGGAGGACGACACGGACGGCUUUGCUAGUUCCAUCGGACGGCGCUCAGCCAAGCCGGUGCCUCUGGAAACAGCCGCUAAGGCCAUGCUACAGCUGUGGAAAUGCUGCAUGCAGAUCCUAGACGUGCUUGCUGAUGGCGCAGCUCCCGAGCCAUCCUUAAGACAUACGAUGGCCCACUCAAGGGACGUUGCCAUCGCGGCUGCGAACGAGAAGAAGCUUCAACUGGAGCAGGCGGCAUUGACUCUGCUAGCAUUGGUGAUCAGACGACAGGAGUUCGACGCUCUGUUGGUGGCGGUUGGCCACGGAGGCUGCAAGAACCACAAGCCCACAGAAGAAGCGCGACACGGUAUGUCCCGACUGUCUAAACGGCUAUCUCGCCAAUCGCGACGGUCACGCGUCUCCACCAAUGCAAAGAGUGGAAACCGGUCGUCGUCAAACUUGUCUGGUCAACCGAAAAAGAGUAAGCGCGGCCAAGACCGCAAUGUACGACUCUGUGACUCUGUGCACCACUUCUUGGAGUUGCACCAGUCGACACUACAAUAUGCCUUUGAGACGGUGCACGGUCCCAUCGAUUCCAGUGGCAGCCACACGGAAUUCAACCCGUUCGAUCAGCACCAAGAGCUCUUAUCUGCUCUCGUGGCCACAAGCUACAUGCGCGUCCCACGGCUUCGUAGCCACAUUCUCGACAGCUUGAGUAACCUGGUGCCAUCAACUGCUUUCAGCAGCACACAUUCGAUGUCGUUCUCGUUUGUGAAUUCCCGUGGACGCGGCAGAUCUCUAUACGAUGACAAGCUGCGACUCACGCCAUACAACUGGCAUUUGAGUAUGUACCCGCAAUGCCAGAACCUGCUGGCGACAAUGAACCGUGAAGAACGCUGGGCUCCUUCUUCGCAAAUACUCAACCAGCUAAUGGUUGACACUGACGGCUGCAUGUUGGUACUCGCACAGAUCUUCGAGCAGCUCACAGGCCGGCAAGUUCUGGGACGCACCAAUUGGAAAUGCAUCCCCGGCGCCGAAUUACUGAAGGACGCAACACUAGAAGUGACGAAGAAUUUAUUUGAAACGGAGCUCCAGCAACGCGAGCCCAAGUGGCAAGACACAGUUGACGAGAAAGUCGACAACGAAACUGCCUCUGCAACUGAGAAGCAACCCUUCCGCGACUCGUUUUCACUCAUGGACGGAGCGCUGGAGGAAGUCAACACGCCUACUGCGUACUUUGCCGUUCAGGUGACAGCCAUGAUGCACGAGAACGUCGGAUUCAUCCACGAAUACCUCAUGGCGAUUCUGCGAUCCACCAACUACAUGCUUCCACACCACGUCAGUCUGUGUCUGCAGUAUCUGGAGAAGUUGAUGUUGGAAUUCCCGUCCUUCUUUGCCAAUGAGCCAGCAGCUCAAGACUUCCUGGUUCUCUCCACUAUGGAAACGUCGAACCCUCACAACCAGCCACAGCAGGAACAAGCGUGCGCUGACAUCGAGACGCUACGCUACGUGUUCUCGUGCCUCUUGGACUCGGAGCAUUUCGAGAUUCUAAAGGCAACGGAGCUCUUCCUACUCAAGAACUUUAUGGGCCUUUCAGUCUCGUUGCAGCUGCAGCUCACGGACUUGCUUGCGAUGCACGUCAAGCGGCUCUUCCUGCACUGGAAUCGCGACGUGCGGUACUGCUACUACCACAUCUUGCUGUACUUGACGUAUCCGGGCAACCGCCUAGUGCUGUGCGCCAAGUCGGACGAGGCUCUUAUGGGCGCUGAGGCCUCGCGGCUGUUCGAGAUCCCCGGACUCGUGCGUACAGGCAGCACUGUUAACUGGGAUGCCUUCGACGUCCCGCUCCAUCAGAUCGUUGCUCGCUACACACAAAUGACCAAGCGUAAGCAGCGAGGAAGACAAGCGCCUUCUUGGGUGGACGCUGUGCCCUGCGCCAUAGUGCAGCGCUCUGUCACCGAGUACAAGACCCACGUGAAGACGUACUUUGCCUACGCGCAGCAGAUUUCCAUGCACCAGCGCGUACCGACCCCCGUGUUCUCCGUCAAGACCGGAGAGAACGAUUCCGCCCCUGUCACGACGGACAGCGCUCUCGCGGCGGCAUCAUUAGCGUGAAUAUAGUCGAUAGAACAAAAUAUAAACAUGUGCAUCGUGUCAGAACAAUGCAAUUAUCAAGUUGAAAAGUCAACAUGAAGUUUUGUUUCGGUGGUCGCACUGAUUGACCA